AAGGGGGCACCUCUGUCGCUGCAUACUGCAUCCACGCUGCAUCCACGUGGUAGAGGUCCUGUGUUGAUCGCUGUCUCGACGUUUUUAGUGUGUCAGCUUCAUCAGUAGCCUUCUGCAAGUUGUUUCAUAAAGCUCAGAGCCAAUUUAGCGUUGUGCUACAAAUAUGAGACAACACAAAACGUUGUCUUCUUUGUCCAAAAGGUUUCUAGCCUGUACGAGUACUCGCGAUGCUGUGAGCUGUCUUGAAGCCCUUCCGAACAGCAUGUUAGAUGACGAGUUUCAGAAAAAUAUCCUGACGAGGACAGUGUUGCACGACGUUUCGAAAAACUUUCCACAAGCAUCGGGUUAUCGCAGAUCUUUCUUGAAGGCCUUAAUUGCAAUGCUGGAGUCGCGUGGUGCCGAAGUGAUCGAGGACAUUUAUGCCCUAUACACAGACUUAAUUUCAGCUGUGGACGAUGAUAACACGAAACUUCGGUACAUCACCUACUUAAUGGAUGAUUUCUCAUAUGUCACAGUGAUAGAAUCCAAAGCAUUGGUCUUGAACGGAACGACGGGACUGACAACAUGGCCGGCAGCAAAAUACUUUUCUGAAUGGUGCUUGGCGAACAAGCAGCUACUCGAUGGCAAACGACUCCUGGAACUGGGCUGUGGGGUCGGCUUCAUGGGGCUAACGAUCUGCAAAUGCUGCUCUCCGAAAUCUUACACCUUUACCGAUGUUCACGAAGCCGUCCUCGACGCUGUUAGGAAGAACGUGGACAUAAAUCGACUGCAAGAAAAUGUUCCCAUCCAAAUCGAAGCCCUCGAUUGGGAGGAAGUUGCAAGUUGUGAUGCCUGGAAGCCCAGAACUACCGCAGAUGUUAUUCUGGGCAGUGAUUUGGUCUACGACGUACGUAUUGUUCCACCUCUGGUGGCGACAUUGAAAAAGUUGUUAACUACGAGCAGCGUGGCAUACAUCGCUUCAACCAUACGUAACCCCAAGACAUACAACAUCUUUCUGGAACAUUUAGACAAGUCACAGCUGCGGAGACGGUCCAUGUCGCCUCCACGAGAAGACGUGUUUAUCUACGACAGAUCUGCGGAAGUUGCAUUACUCGAAAUAAGAAGCUGACAAUUCACUUGAACGUAGUUUCUUGGGAGUACUAUGUGACAAUGAUGCAAAAAAGGUGAGAGUACUUGGAACGGUGCUAUUUCGCACGACACAUCACAUGCAACUCUUGUUCAGACUUUUUUAUUGCCCUCGUGUACAGCAGGACUUGAAGAGGGUGUCAAAAAAGCCAGCUAGUAUAAAAAUAGAAGUCAUCAAAAUGCCAGCAGACAUAACAUGCAUCAAAAUGGCGGCACCUUAACAGUUGUACAACCUGGGCAGGUUCGUGAGCUAACACUUAUAUGUUUGUAGUCUUGAGUAGUCAAGUAGUCUAUAAAUGGAAUGCUGAUAACAGGUAUGUGUGCAAGUCGAUCGGAUAGUACGUAACUUCGUUCGGUCGCUGUCGCUCGUGUGUUGCGGUGAGGAACCUAGUUGUCCUGUCGUUCGUACACCUUGUAUCUGAAGGUGAGGCCGUUCUCGGUCUGCUCUUCCUGCGGUACCUGAUCGUCCUGCACUUCAUGAAAUACGGAGUGGUCGAUGGCGGGGAAGAAGACGUCGCAUUCGAAGUCGGCGUCGAUCUCCGUCACGUAGAGCCUCGUGCACAGUGGAUCCGCGACGGCCAGCUUGUACAGCUGUUCUCCCCCGAUUACGAAAAUCUUGUCGACUUUUCCCUCCGCAGCCUGCGGAAGAAAUGUUGGACGCGGUCAAUGGCAGUCUAGCGUUGUGUCAUCUGUGUUACGCUGUAUUUUACGUGUGCUCACACUCGGGCAUUUUGUGGUAUGCUACGAGUUGUCUAAGUUUUCUUUUGAAGCAUCUCCGUGACUUUCCUAGUUAUGUUUUCUAGUUUAAUUAAUUAGCUCCAAUUAGAAUGUGAGUUCUAAUUACUUGCAAUGAAAACCCCUUUUUGUUACUGUUUCUACAUUGUGGUAAAAUGAUGAAAUGACACUGUAAAGAGGUUUCAACCUAAAGUAACAGAGUAAGGUCUGACCUUUUUUGGCCUAGAAGGCUUUCACAAAUUUGGGGGAGCAAUUAGGGUGCAAUGAUUCAACAAGAUGCAAUAGUGCAAUAGAGUGCAAUGAUUCAACAAGAUGCAAUAGUGCAAUAGGGUGCAACGUUUUCAACAAGAUUCUCAAGACUGUACCAUUUUCUGCAGAAGGCUGGUGGCCUCGGGCAGGCUCUGAACGACGUGAUGCCCUUCGGGGACUUUGGAAAGGGUCCGGCUGACCACGACGUUGAGACGAUCCGCAAGGGGGCGGUACUUUGGUGGAAUGGAAUCCCACGUCUUGCGACCCAUGAUGACGCCAUUUAUCUUGCCGGGGGCGCUGGUGGUGGUGGUGAUGCGAGAAAAAUACGCCAUCUCUUUCUUCAAACGCCAGGGAAGGUUUCCACGAAUGCCCAACCCACGGCUAAGGCACAUUGCAGCAAUGGCCGAGUAAGGCACGACGAGGCAUUCGGCACGCGAUGGCAUGAUGAUGAUAAUCUGGGAGAACUAAGUUAUGGGACAUAUUUAAAGAGCUGAGUCAGACUUGCGUAAAACAAGUGUGUGUGUAUUGGCUGUGGGAAGAAAUACAUGACAAUAAAGGUGUUGGAGUUGCUUGGAA